AUGGCCGUGCCGUUCCGCGCGCGCGAUGGCAUCGUGCUGGGCGCUCUCAUUGUCGCGGACUCGAAGCCGCGCAGCUCGGUGCCCGCACGACAGCGCUCCCAGCUCAAGGACCUGGCCGAGCAGGUCAGCGCCUUGCUCGAGGACCUGUGGACGCGCACCCAGGAGCGCGCACAGCUCGCCAGCUCCCAGACCGGCCAGCUCCACGACCAACUCGUGGAUCUGCUGUCGCAGUCGUACACCACCGGCCUGCAGAUGCAGCAGAACGAGCAAAAGAUCAAGGAGCAGUCCACGUCCAGCUUGUCGUCGUCCAUGCACAAGCCCCAGUCCUCCGCGCCCAACACGUCGAUGUCCGCACACCAGCCGCAGUACGCCAAGGACUUCCGCCACAUGCAAAGCGUCGAGUUAUGA